GAGCCGCUCCAGCUGAGCCGGGCGGAGCCAGCCCCUCUCUCCUGCCUUCCUGGAGGCUAGCUAAUUUCCCUGGCGGCUGUCGACCCCGCUUCCAUGUCCCGGGUGGGCACAGUACCCCGGAACCUCCACGCCCAUGGCCGGUAGUCUGAGGAAGCCCACUUUGGACUCCUGUCCUUACUCCUCGAGCGACACUGACGACGAAGGCGUGCGCGGCACCUGCGAAGAUGCGUCUAUUUGCAAGAGGUUUGCAGUGAGCAUUGGCUACUGGAAUGACCCUUACAUCCAGCAUCUGGUGAGACUGUCUAAAGAGAGGAAGGCCCCGGAGAUUAACAGAGGAUAUUUUGCUCGAGUCCACGGCAUCAGUCAGCUUAUAAAGGCAUUUCUACAGAAGACAGAAUGUCAUUGUCAAAUUAUAAACCUUGGAGCUGGGAUGGAUACCACCUUCUGGAUAUUAAAGGAUCAGGAUCUUCUCCCCAGUAAAUACUUUGAAGUCGACUUUCCAGUGAUAGUCACGAGAAAGCUGCACAGCAUCAAAUUCAAGCCUCUCCUAUCAAAACCCAUUUUAGAAUUACAUUCAGAGGACACACUUCAAAUCGAUGGAUACACGUUGGAUUCAAAGAGAUAUGCCGUUAUUGGAGCAGACCUUCGAGAUUUAUCUGAACUGGAAGAGAAACUAAAGAAAUGUAACAUGGAUACACAGCUGCCGACACUCCUGAUAACGGAAUGUGUGCUGGUCUACAUGACUCCGGAGCAGUCUGCAAACCUCAUCAAGUGGGCGGCCAGCGUUUUUGGGACUGCCAUGUUCAUCAACUACGAACAGGUGAACAUGGAUGAUCGGUUUGGACAGAUCAUGAUUGAAAACCUGCGGAGACGACAGUGUGACCUGGCAGGGGUGGAAACCUGCAAGUCCUUAGACUCACAGAAAGAGCGGCUCCUGGCGAACGGGUGGGAGACAGCGGCGGCCGUGAACAUGAUGGAAUUGUACAGCAGAUUGCCUCAGACCGAGGUCAGCAGGAUCGAGUCCCUCGAGUUCCUGGACGAGCUGGAGCUCCUGGAGCAGCUCAUGAGGCACUACUGCCUGUGCUGGGCGACCAAAGGGGGCAGCGAGCUAGGUUUGACGGAGAUCACUUUCUAACCUGUUCAAGGCUCAUGCGGAGCCAGAAGCUGCAGCCACCAGCCUUCCAGAGUUGACACGCGAGUCUCCAGUGAUGGCCAAGCCUUGCCCUUUAAAUAAAUCUCAGCUGCCAGUGGCGUGUGUGCUGGUCCUUUGUUCCCGUGG